UUCGGGGGCGAAGUGCCUUGUCUACCCUCGCAACUCAUCAGCUUUCGCCUCGGUUUCCCUUCCCGUCGUCUAAAGAAAAGAAAGGAAAAGCGCAAAGGAAACAAGCUAAGGGGAAGAAUUCUUCGGCGUCGCACCGGGGUCCUUCACCCUCCGCUUGCCUCCGAACCCUGGCUCGUCCCGUCUUCCGUUAUUUGAGUGCAAGACAUGUGGAAAUAAGCAUGAAUCAAUGGAAAGGGGUUUGAUGCUAUAGGCAGGGAAAUUCAAAAGAAAGAGUAAAGAUGGCUGAGCAUAUAAACAAAGAAAGAAAACCGAUGGAUGUGGAAGUGGUAGUGUUAGAAGAAGAAAAUGAGGUAGAGUGCAUAGACAACAAACACAAAGAAAAAGAUGACCAUGUACACCUGAAAGAGAAUGGAAAAGGAGACCUUCAUAUUGUGAAACAUAACAAAGAUGAGGGUGACAUUGGACCAAAGGAGUGCAGUGGAUCGGGGGUAGAAGUAAAGGUGGAGGAGAAAGUCAAUAAUGAUGAAGAUCUGGCAAGUGACUCUUUUGAAAUGCUUGUUGAUGAUUCGGAUAAUGAGCAAUCAUCAGCAUCUGAUUACGAUGACAAAGCAAAGAAUGAGGCACCUUUAACUGAUGCGGAAGUUGAAGAACUUGUUGCUGAGUUUCUUGAAAUUGAGAGCAAGGCAGCUGAGGCACAAGAAUCACUUGAACAAGAAUCACUUGCCCAAGUGGAACGUGAAGUAAGAUCUGAGCUUGCUGAGAGUCUCCAUGGGGAUGCGUUGGAAUUAGCUGUAUCAAAUGAAAUGAAAGUACUCGUAGAAGAAUGGGAGGAUGUUCUUGAUAAUUUAGAGACUCAGAGUGCUCUACUAUUGGAACAACUUGAUGGAGCAGGAAUUGAGCUCCCUAGUCUUUACAAAUGGAUAGAAAGUCAAGUUCCUGGUGGAUGUCGUACCGAAGCUUGGAAAACAAGGGCUCACUGGGUGGGUUCUGUGGCAACUAGUGAACUUAACCAAUCUGUUAAAGAUGCUGAACAGUACCUUCAAUCCUGUCACCCCGUAAGGAGGAAACAUGGUCGUCUGCUUGAGAGCGGCUCUAGUGGCUAUUUAGCCAAAAAUCUUUCUGUCAAAGAUGGUGACAAUCUCAUCGAAAAUUCUGAAAAAGAUUGGCAGAUAUUUGAUGAGAUUAUUCAUUCUGGUCGAUUCUCAGACAGUAACUCAUUUGGUAGCAAUAACUGGGCGGCCGUUUACAUGGCUAGUACUCCCCAACAAGCUGCAAAUUUGGGUCUCCAUUUGCCUGGAGUUAACGAGGUAGAGGAGAUUGGUGAAAUUGAAGAGAAUCCUUUCUAUGACGAGGCAACCCAAAAUGAGAAAGAGAUUGGAUUGUCUGAGGAACAAAAGAGAAACUAUAGAAAGGUGAGAGAGGAGGAUGAUGUGAAGAUUACAAAGAAACUGCAGUGUCGUUUGAAACAGAGGAGAAAGAGGAAAAGAAAAUAUCAGGAACUUGUUGAGAAUGACGUAUUGGAUGGUGUGGCACAAUUAAACGAGUCUCAGUUAAUUUUUAGAGACCCAAGCUCAUCUGGUGCUGAUGUUGAUCAUCCUGUUGCUGUUGCUGAAGACUUGAAGCCUGAAAUUCCUAACAAACCUAAGAAUGAAAUUCCAAUUCAAAAUGACACAAUCAAGAGGUCAUGUGAAAGCGAGGAUGUUGAACUUGACAAUAAAAGGCAUCGGACAGUCAUCAUAGAGAGUGACGAUGAAGUGCAAGUGAUUGAUGAUAAGUCACCAUCACAUGAUUUAAUCAGAGAUCAAUGUUUGACAGCUCAAGUUAGAGAAGUUGUUGAUGUUAUAGAUAGUGAUGUCCUUUCUUCACCUACUCCAGCUAAUAAUGACAGCCUUAUGGACAUUCCUGAGAAGUUUCAUUGUACUGCUUGUUCUGAAGUGCUGAAAGCUUCUGAAGUGCAAAGACAUCCAACUCUGGAAGUUAUUGUGUGUACAAAAUGUAAUCUUCUGAUAGAAGAGAAAAUGAGAAUAGAGGAUCCUGAUUUAGGUGUCUACUGCAGAUGGUGUGGUAAGUGUGAUGACCUAAUAAGGUGUAAAUCAUGUAAGAUGCUAUUCUGUGCUAUGUGUAUAGCAAGAAAUUUUGGUGAAACACGGUUUUUGGAUGUUGAAACAAAUGGUUGGGACUGCUGUUGCUGCUCACCAGUUCUGUUGCAUCAGUUUAUUUCAGAAUGUGAAAAAGCUCUUAAGGGGUUCAUGGUUUCUAGCUCAGAGAGUGAAUCAGAGCUUUCAGAUGGUCAAAUGGUUGUCAGACUUGGCCACAAAAAAAGACGAAAGAAGAGGAUUAGGAGAAUUAUAGAUGAUACAGAACUUGGUGAAGAAACCAGGAGAAAAAUUGCAAUGGAGAAGGCUAGGCAGGAGCAUCUUAAAUCAAUGCAAGCACAAUCUGUUGGUAAAUUUUGUAAUACCAGAAGUAAUGAAAGUGUAGGGGAAGUUUCAUUGGAUGAUGCAAUUGAAGGUUAUAUAGUCAAUAUUGCAAGGGAGAAGGAUGAGGAGCCUGUGAGAAUCCCACAGAGCAUUUCUGCAAAGUUGAAGCCCCACCAGAUCGCUGGGAUACGAUUUAUGUGGGAAAACAUUAUACAGUCUGUCAAAAAGGUCAAAUCUGGGGAUAUAGGUCUUGGAUGCAUUUUAGCUCACACAAUGGGCCUUGGGAAAACUUUUCAGGUUAUUGCAUUUUUGUACACUGCUAUGAGAAAAAUUGAUCUAGGUUUAAGAACAGCUCUUAUUGUUACACCUGUUAACGUGCUUCAUAACUGGCGACAAGAAUUUGUGAAGUGGCGACCAACGGAGUUAAAGUCUCUUCGUGUGUUCAUGUUGGAAGAUGUUGCAAGGGAAAGAAGAGCAGAUUUACUUUCAAAAUGGAGAGUCAAGGGUGGAAUUUUUCUAAUAGGGUAUGCUGCUUUCCGGAACUUGUCCCUUGGAAGGCAUGUGAAGGAUAGGAGUACAGCCAGUGAAAUUUGUCAUGCCUUACAUUAUGUGCCUGACAUUCUAGUCUGUGAUGAGGCCCACAUGAUUAAAAAUACAAGGGCUGAUAUAACACAAGCAUUAAAACAAGUAAAGACACAAAGAAGAAUUGCCUUGACAGGAUCACCUUUGCAGAACAAUUUGAUGGAAUAUUAUUGUAUGGUUGAUUUUGUAAGGGAAGGAUAUCUUGGGAGCAGUCAUGAAUUCCGUAAUCGGUUCCAGAAUCCAAUAGAAAAUGGUCAGCACACUAAUUCUACCAUUGAUGAUGUGAGAAUUAUGAAUCAAAGAUCACACAUUCUGUAUGAACAACUAAAAGGAUUUGUCCAGCGAAUGGACAUGAAUGUUGUGAAGAAGGAUCUCCCUCCUAAAACAGUUUUUGUUAUUACCGUUAAACUUUCUCCUUUGCAAAGAAAAUUGUAUAGAAAGUUCUUAGAUGUACACGGUUUUACGGGAGAUAAAAUUUCUUCUGAAAGAACAAUUAGACCACGGUGUUUCUUUGCUAACUAUCAAGCAUUGGCUCAGGUAUGGAACCAUCCUGGUCUUUUGCAAGUGGCUAAAGAACACAGGGAUUACUUACGGCAAGAAGAUGCUGUUGAGAACUUCUUGGUGGAAGAUGGCUCAAGUGAUGAUAAUAUGGAAAAUGACUUCUCAAAUGGAGAGAAACAAAAGGCAAAGGAUGAUAUAUUUUACAAGAGAAAUGAUGGAGUCUUUUACCAUCAGGAAACUGAUUGGUGGACAGAUCUUCUUGGUGAAAAGAUUUACCAAGAAGUUGAUUACAGUGGUAAAAUGGUUUUGCUACUUGAUAUCCUCACCAUGAGUUCUGAAGUAGGUGACAAGGUAUUAGUUUUCAGCCAAAGCUUGACAACACUAGAUUUAAUAGAGAUGUUUCUGUCAAAACUGCCACGCAAAGAAAGUGAAGGCAAGUUCUGGAAGCAAGGCAAGGAUUGGUAUAGGCUGGAUGGUAGUACACAGAGUUCUGAAAGGCAGAAGCUGGUAGAGAGAUUUAACGAACCCACAAAUAAGCGAGUGAAAUGCACCUUGAUAUCUACACGUGCUGGGUCACUGGGCAUUAACCUUUAUGCUGCUAAUCGUGUUAUUGUUGUUGAUGGUUCAUGGAAUCCAACCUAUGACCUGCAGGCAAUAUAUCGGGUUUGGAGGUAUGGGCAAACCAAACCUGUCUAUGCUUACCGCUUGAUGGCACAUGGAACCAUGGAAGAAAAGAUAUAUAAGCGGCAGGUUACUAAGGAAGGACUUGCAGCAAGGGUGGUGGACAGACAACAAAUACAUAGAACAAUGUCCAAGGAGGAGAUACUGCACCUCUUUGACUUUGGUGAUGAUGAAAAUGCAGACAUGCUUGAGCAGGACCAUAGAAAUCCAAUGACAUCUAGUCAUGAUGAAACCAAUGAGGUUGGCUGUUUGGGGAAUCACGAAUGCCUGCCUUUUAACACCGCUGACAAGCUCAUGGAAAACUUACUUAGAAGACAUUAUCCUCGCUGGAUUGCGAAUUACCACGAACACGAAACCCUUUUACAGGAGAAUGAGGCAGAGAGAUUAUCCAAAGAGGAACAAGACAUGGCCUGGCAAACUUAUCGGAGAUCGUUGGAGUGGGAGGAAGUUCACAGAACCACGCUUGAUGACGGUGAUCGAGUUGCUAACAGUAAUACGCCGCCGGAAAUCAUUGUUUCCCAACAAACCAAGGGCAGUUCAAGGAGCCGCCCUGUCAAGCAGAGGAAAUGCACCAACCUAGCCCACUUGCUAACUUUGAGAAGCCAGGGCAUCAAGCCCGGAUUCAGCACGGUCUGUGGAGAAUGCUCGCAAGAGAUCAGCUGGGAGAACCUCAAUCGAGACGGGAGAUCCAGAUGACAAACAUCAUUGACCGUUCAUACGUGUGUUUCUUUCUGACCUGUUGAUUUUGUAAAUUCAACACUGCAUAUAGAGGUGGAAUAUCGGAGGUCACGCUAAACAUUAUUAGAUGAACAUCAACCAUCUUUUCGAUGUUGUUGUGUAACUUGGUUCAUGUAUAGGACGAAGGGGUUUCGUGUCUUAGGUCAAUUGGCCGAGGUCUGAUGCCUCCUAUUCUCUAUUUUGAUUCUUCACGAUUAAAGACUUCCCAACUAUGGAUCCGAUCAGAUUAAAAAGGUCUCAACACUCCAU